AUGUAUCUUUGGCUUUCCGUCCUUGUCUUUAGGGCUGGACAUCGAAUCAGGUGUUUUGCCAAGCAAUCGUGUCCGGUACGUAGUCUAAAUUCAACAACGGCUUCGAUUCUUGGCCAGUCGGCUACGUCGGAGAAUGCCACUGUUCACUGUUUCGCCUUUGUUCGAGCUUUAAGUUCGUUGCACCUUGAGGUCUUGAAUUUUCUUCUGAUUAAGGCCUUCAUUGUGUGGAAAGACAUCGGCCGGUCCAUGCAUUGCAAAAUCGUUGUCCCCUUCUUAGCAACUGUUUUGGGUGGCUCUCUGCUUCCAGUUGAGUUUAUUGCUGAUUUCGAGUCCGAAAGUAUCACCGCUUUGGUGAAUUUCGUAUCCAAGCAACAUAAUUGGCCUAUAGUUGUUAAAGUUGCUAGGGUCUUUGCCCUUUUUAGUACUGGUAUUACUAUGGCAAUUUUCAAUUGGUUAUGUGCAGCUUUUAACAGCUCCCUGUGGAAGGCCUGUUUGUAA